AUGGACUUACACCGGGCAGCCUUCAAGAUGGAGAACUCAUCCUACCUCCCCAACCCGCUGGCAUCCCCAGCACUGAUGGUCCUGGCGUCCACGGCUGAGGCUAGCCGUGAUGCUUCCAUCCCUUGUCAGCAGCCACGACCCUUCGGUGUACCUGUCUCGGUAGACAAGGACGUGCAUAUUCCAUUCACCAAUGGUUCCUACACCUUUGCCUCUAUGUACCAUCGGCAAGGUGGGGUGCCGGGCACUUUUGCCAAUCGUGAUUUUCCCCCUUCUUUACUACACCUCCACCCGCAGUUCGCUCCCCCAAAUCUAGAUUGCACCCCAAUCAGUAUGCUGAAUCAUAGUGGAGUGGGGGCCUUCCGUCCCUUUGCUUCCACUGAGGACCGGGAGAGUUAUCAGUCAGCCUUUACGCCGGCCAAGCGACUUAAAAACUGCCAUGACACAGAGUCUCCCCACUUGCGCUUCUCAGAUGCAGAUGGCAAGGAAUAUGACUUUGGGACACAGCUGCCAUCUAGCUCCCCCGGUUCACUUAAGGUUGACGACACUGGGAAGAAGAUUUUUGCUGUCUCUGGCCUCAUUUCGGAUCGGGAAGCCUCAUCUAGCCCAGAGGAUCGGAAUGACAGAUGUAAGAAAAAGGCAGCAGCACUGUUUGACAGCCAGGCCCCUAUUUGCCCCAUCUGCCAGGUCCUGCUGAGGCCCAGCGAGCUGCAGGAGCAUAUGGAACAAGAACUGGAGCAGCUGGCGCAGCUGCCUGCCAGCAAGAAUUCCCUUCUGAAGGAUGCCAUGGCUCCAGGCACCCCCAAGUCCCUCUUGUUGUCUGCUUCCAUCAAGAGGGAAGGAGAGUCUCCGACAGCAUCACCACACUCGUCUGCCACCGAUGACCUGCACCACUCAGACAGAUACCAGACCUUCUUGCGAGUGCGAGCCAACCGGCAGACCCGACUGAAUGCUCGGAUUGGGAAAAUGAAACGGAGGAAGCAAGAUGAAGGGCAGGUAUGUCCCCUGUGCAGCCGCCCCCUGGCAGGAUCGGAGCAGGAGAUGAGUAGGCAUGUGGAGCAUUGCCUUUCUAAGAGGGAAGGCUCCUGCAUGGCUGAGGAUGAUGCCGUGGACAUCGAGCAUGAGAACAGCAACCGCUUUGAGGAGUAUGAGUGGUGCGGGCAGAAGCGGAUACGGGCCACCACUCUCCUGGAAGGUGGUUUCCGAGGCUCUGGCUUCAUCAUGUGCAGCGGCAAAGAGAAUCCGGACAGUGAUGCUGACUUGGAUGUGGAUGGGGAUGACACUCUGGAGUAUGGGAAACCACAAUACACGGAGGCCGACGUCAUCCCCUGCACAGGCGAGGAGCCCGGUGAAGCCAAGGAGAGAGAGGCACUCCGGGGCGCAGUCCUAAAUGGUGGCCCUCCCAGCACACGCAUCACACCUGAGUUCUCUAAAUGGGCCAGUGACGAGAUGCCAUCUACCAGCAACGGUGAGAGCAGCAAGCAGGAGGCCAUGCAGAAGACCUGCAAGAACAGUGACAUCGAGAAAAUCACCGAAGAUUCAGCUGUGACCACGUUUGAGGCCCUGAAGGCUCGGGUCAGGGAACUUGAGCGGCAGCUAUCCCGUGGGGACCGUUACAAAUGCCUCAUCUGCAUGGACUCAUACUCGAUGCCUCUAACGUCCAUCCAGUGUUGGCAUGUGCACUGUGAGGAGUGCUGGCUGCGGACCCUGGGUGCCAAGAAGCUCUGCCCUCAGUGCAACACCAUCACAGCGCCCGGAGACCUGCGGAGAAUCUACUUGUGAGCUAGCCACCCCAGGCAGG